UUUUUUUGACUCCGUGCUUAAUACUGCAGCCAGCCUCCCUCUGUGCUGCUUGAAAGGCUGCACCAGCUGCUGGACCUGCAGUGGUGAGCGGCGGAGUGUUGCCGACAUGCAGCUGGGACUCGCAGCUCUCGUGUGCUUCUUCAGCUUUGUGCGGCAAACGGAGUGCGCACCUCCGACCUGCUACUCCAGAGCUCUUGGCCUGAGCAAAGAAAUCAUGACUCUGCUGAAUAAAAUCCACACCUACCAACGCACUAAAACAUGUGCUGAAGUUCUUCCUACAAUCUUCCUUGAUGUGCAUAACUCAUGCAUCACCAGCAAGCUUCGUGACUUUCUCUAUGUGGUGCUGAACCAUCCCAGCCAGUACUGCAGAGAGCGACCCAGAAUGGUGUUGUUGACUCAGAAAAUCCAGAAUUUGUACAACAUCAUUACCAGAAUUUGUUAUCGGGACUUGGUGUUUUUCACAGAUGACUGUUAUGCAAUUGAUACUGGACUCAGCACACCUCACUUUCCAGAUGACAGGCUCCAGUUACUUCAAGAAGAUAGAUGAGCACCACACAAAGCAGAUGACAGAUCUACACUGAGCUACAGCGUUCACAAAAAUCCAUAUUUGCAAAAAUGUAGAACAGCAAACAUGUACCAUUAUCAGCAAAGCUUGCGUUGUUUCAGAUGCAGCGUUAGCACAUCAUGUGGCUUUUCGCACACAAUGCCUUGUCCUACCUAUAGCUGGCUGGAUUAGCUACAAACUUAUGUUAGUGGAGAUGUGUGGUUACAUUCCAGCAAGGAGAGCAGAACUUUCCACAGGAAAUUUGCUGAAUGCCAACCAUGCCGAUGGAAGUCUUAUAAUAAUAAACCAAUAAGAGAUGUUUGUGAGCUGGGCUUAACCGCUGCUUACUUAGCAGGGCUGAUCAAAGGUUUAUGUGUCAUUAAGAGAAAUAUUUUAUGUUACCAUGACCUGUAGUUGGACUAACUUAUAUUAAAGAAGCACUAUAUGGCAUCCUAUAAACAUCUGAAGAGUUAUACAUGGUGGUUGAAAAGGUUAUGCAAGAAAAAAAUGUCCAAAACAUUACUGUGUCACAGCUGUACAGUGUGUUCCCUCUGAAUGUCUCCAGUUUUAAACCAAAUAAUGUCUGCUGUGUUGCUGCUUGUACUGAGGCUGGACGAAAUUUAUGUUUCUUUCUAAUGUUUUUUUUUUACUUAUGAUAAAUACACAACAGUGUUUUAAA